UCCCCCACUCGCCUGCAGCUUGCAGGCCACUCUCGCGCCUCAAGGCGGGGCCGACUCUGGCUCUGGAGAAGAGAAGCGUCAUGGCUGCGGAAGACCUCCAAGAGGAGCUGACCUGCUCCAUCUGCUUGGAGUAUUUCCAGGAUCCGGUGUCCAUAGAGUGCGGCCACAACUUCUGUCGCGGCUGCCUGCGCCGCAGCUUGGAACAGGGCCGCAGCCGGCUGUCCUGCCCCGAGUGCCGGCAGCCGUCGUCGCCCUCCGCACUGCGGCCCAACUGGGCCUUGUCCCAGCUGGCGGAGAAGGCGCGGCGCCGGCGCCGGGUUCCCAAGACCGAUGGCCUGUGCGACCGCCACGGGGAGCCCCUGCGGCUCUUCUGCGAGGACGACCAGCGGCCCGUGUGCUUGGUGUGUAGGGAGUCCCAGGACCACCAGAACCACACCAUGGCGCCCGUGGACGAGGCCUUCGAGAGCUACAGGACAGGAAACAUAUCACUUUGGUAUCUAUGGGGAUGGAGAAGACCAAUUAGACUGCUGUUGCGCCAUUUCAAGCAGGAGGAGAAACUCCUUAAGACUAAACACAGUCUAACGGACAAGAUGGAGAAAGCCAUGCAGUUACAGGACACGGAAAUGAAGAAUGCUGCAGAAUGGAAGGACAAGAUGAAUAGUCAGCAGUUGACAGUCAGUGCACAGUUCGCAAAGCUACACCACUUCCUGGCUGAAGAAGAGCAACAGUUUCUUCAGAGGAUAAGCGAAGAAGAAAAAGAGGCAAAAAAGAAACAGGCUGAGAACACAUUAAGGCUCAACGAGAUAAUCACUUCCUUAAAGAAGCUCAUCUUAGAGGUAGAGAAGAAGAGCCAGGGCUCCAUCCUGGAGUUGCUUCAGAAUCCGAAAGGUCUUUUGACCAGGAGUGAGAACCAGGAUGUAGACUAUUCCCUUGAAGUUCUACAGGUGAAGGUUGAGUGCCCUGUACCAAUGAUGAAGGAAAUGCUGAAGCGAUUCCAAGUGGCUGUGAGUUUAGCUGAAGACACAGCUCAUCCCAAACUUGUCUUCUCCCAGGAAGGGAGGUACGUGCAAAAUGGAACAUCAUCCGGUUCUUGGCCAGUACUUUCUACAGCAUGGAACUACUUUACUGCACGGAGGAAUCCUCAGCAGACCACACAGUCCGUGAAGAGAUUUCAACACUUACCCUGUGUUUUGGGAAAAAACGUUUUCACUUCAGGGAAACAUUACUGGGAAGUUGAGAACCGAGAUAGCCUGAUGAUUGCUGUGGGGGUGUGUCGGGAGGAUGUCUUGGGGAUUGUUAAUAAUUCAAGACUAUCCCCUGAUGUGGGCAUCUGGGCUAUUUGUUGGAGUUCCACCUGCUAUUGGCCCCUAACAGAUAACCCUGUAAUUUCCACCAGUUCAGAGCCAGCCCUUCAACGAGUGGGAGUUUUCUUAGAUUAUGAGGCUGGAGAUAUCUCAUUCUACAAUGCUGUGGAUGGAGUGCACCUGCACACUUUUUCUUGCUCUUUUGUCUCACAUCUCCGGCCAUUUUUUUGGUUGAGCGUUUUAGCAUCUUUAUUCCUCCCACCAGUUACUGGUGGGAAAUGAAGCUAUUCUUUCCCUGCCCAAGAAUCCUGACCUAUAUCCCAGCCCAGGGACAUCCAUCCUCUUCUUUCACUUUGUGCAUGUUGGUCCUUGGUAGUACAUCAGUUUAUUCAGACUCCAAUUUCAUGUUUUGUUCAACUCCUAUGUUCUGCACAUAGAUAGAUAUGGCAGACCUUGUUGUUGACUUUCUAGUAGCCAUUUGCCCCACUUCUCUGCUUUUUUUAUUUCUGGCUCAUUCUAAAUGAACUGUUUGGUAUGUGCUCUCUAUGUGCGGCAGGAGAAGCAGUCCCAUGUCAGGGUAUUAGGACCAAUGAGAUAGGAUGGGAAGUUUUCCAAGGUGGGGAAACUUUCUGGAGAAUGUUUUCGUAGCUUCUAAAAGGAGGUAUUUGGGACGACAGCCCCCUUUCUGAUGUUAGCAGUUGUAUGGAAACUGAAGAAAGUACAGUAAUAAAAGAAGAAACAUAGCCUUCAUUGGCAUUGUUAAACUUGGAAAUUUCCUAAUCCCAAACUUCUCAUUAUAUGAGAUUAUUGCUCCCUUUUUGCAUAAGGCAAUUUUAGUUGCCUUUUGGUUAGUUGCAGUCUGAAGUAUCCUUACUGGUGCUAUAGGCAUACAGCAUGGACUCUCACAGUUUAGGCUUAGGUCACUUUUUCUGAAACUUGACAAAUUUAUAGAAUCCAAAUUCAGUUCAGUUGCAUAAUUCCUCUUUCCAGUAAGUACUGAAACCCCUCACUUUUCUGGAUCAGAAAACAGACAGUCCUCCCUUUCUCUGCCCAUGCUAUUCCUCUUCUUCACCUGACCAGGUUUCAGCCUUCAGGUGUUCAUUAUGCUAUCCAUUUGUCAAAUUCAUAUAUUGUAUAUACAAGUUUAUUAAUAUAUUGAAAAUGUUGAAAAACACUUAAGUAUUUACAUUGUGCUAACCUCUUCACAUAAUGCUUUCAUACGAAUCUUGUAACAGCUCGGUGAGAUGGAAAUUAAAAUCCUAUUUUUAGAAGUGAGAAAACAAACCUGUAAAGUAACUCACUCAUUGCUUAACUGGCAAAUGGGAGUGUUGGGAUUAAAUUCAGAUCUGUUUGAGAUGGAGGUCAAACACUUUUUUCUGCUUUACUUUUUUGUUUUUUGGAUUUAAGUAAAUCUCAAAUCAACUUAUAUUUGUAAGCAUUUAUUGAAUGCAAUUGUGGGUCAGCAUCAUCUUUGUUUAUUUUCAUGUUUUUAUCCUAUAUAUGUGUUUUUGUCACUUUACCUUUCUACUCUUGGUUGUACACACUCAAGAGGAUUGUGAAUUACUUUAAAAAUAAUGAUUGUUUUUCUCUUUAUAAAAAUUGUGAAUUUAUUGUAGAAAAUUUAGAAUGUAUAAAAAAGUGUAAAGAAAAUUAAA